AUGUUGCAUAUAGAAAUCGCCUCUUAUGAUGGUGAAACGGACAUUGCCAAGAUCAUAACCGUUUUGAAAACCAGACCUGAGAUAACAUUUUUCUAUCUGACUCACAAUCUUCCGAAGAAACACAUUGAUUAUCAUUACUAUAACCUAAAAGUCACAUCAUACCAGAACAUCAACAAACGCGACUACUACACCAUAAGUACCAGUGGCUGCACCCACUUUGUUGGCGAUGAGGUGGAACUCACUUCUCUGGAACGAUUUGAACGCGAAUACAAGUUGUUUUUGAGCAUGCGAAAGCUCCCCUUGUUUGCGCAGUUCCGCCUGUGGAAGGUAUUUCUUCGCUGGCGCAAAGUAUUUCGCUACGCUCAGAUGGUUCACUGCCAGCGCUUCCUUGAGGCAAAUCUCUUUAUUGCUAAUGCGACCUUGCGCCCAGCCUUACUAAACCUCCGAGAGAUGUGUCACAGCCUUUCCGGUGCUGCACUUUGUCGCGUUGAUCGAGGUCGCACUUCCACCCUGGUGGAGUUUCUCGCUCUGCAGAUGGUUCAGCUGGGCGAGGUCAGCCUGCGGCUACAAGAGUUUCAUAGUCUCACGAAGGAAAUCGUCCGUAGUGCCUGUCGAACAGCUCUGCUGGAGUAUGGAUUCUUGCCUGAUGACUAUCUACAGGAUGAAGCCGACCUUCCAGCUAGUUUGGGCAAAAAUAUGUACGAUGUGGACGAGUUGAUAGAUGCCUGCAAACUGACCUCGAAGCACUACCAAUUGGAGCCCAUCCUUUACGACGUGGAUCACCCACUGGCAGGCAGCGCCAUGGCUCCCAUUGCCACGGCGCUCAAACAAGUGCGCAAUAAUCGCACCAAGUUGGAGCGUCGCUGCCAGAAGAUCAAAAUACAAGCUCCAGCCGGGAAAAGCUCCUACCUCCUGCAGUGUGCCGAAACCGAUUGGUUUGCCAGUUCGACUGGAAAAAUGAGCUACACGCAACAGGCACGCAAACGCAAGAAGUGCAAACGCCUUACCUGCUUUGUGCGACUGGUGGAUUACCUGAUAAUGAGCACGCUGCAUUUUUUGACGAAGAAAUCUGUCUAUUCUAUCAAUCGUCUCUUUGCGGAUGAGGUGGCGAUGACACCACACCCGCGAGACAUCGAUGCAAUGCGCAUUGAGGUGCCCCUCGUGCUCCACCCCGAGGAGGACAGCGAGCGCGCCGGUGAGGCACAGGCGGAGGAGGGUGAAGCUGAAGCAGGACUUGUAGGGCAGGCAAACAUGGGACCAGAUUCGACAAUCGGCCCCUCCGAGACUACUAUUCAACCGCCUUUCUUUUUGAAUGAACUGAUUCUGCAACAAAACCAGAUUAUAUCAAUUCCAACGGAGGACCAAUUUGUCGAAGGGUUGUCAAAUGUGAUCGCCCGCUUUCAGGAAGCAAUGCUGUCAUUAACGAAUCUCGUGGUGGACACCUACUUUGACGCCUUUUCGCGUCCCCUCAUCAACAACAAGCAUGAGGAGAAGACUUGUGGCGUGGGGCCACAGUUGCAGACAGUGUUUGCCGAAGACGAUGAAAUGCAGACUCUAAUCAGAGGUAUCAAUGAGAACCUUCGGAAAGCCUUUGAGUCCGUCCAACGCUACAUCGUCACCUUCAAUGAAAUAAAUCAGUUCUACAAGGACAAUGACUUGGUUACAGUGGAGACAGUAAGGGCCGAACGCGAAGACGUGGAGUUCUUCCGUGAGAAACUAGCCAUCUACACACGUCAAUCACGAAUAACGAUGCUGAUUCCAGCCAACAAGCCCCUUGGUCUCUUCAGCGUGGACACGAGCGUCUUGAAAAACAUUGUAUCACCGUCGCCUCUGCGCUGCCUGGAUUGUGUUUACGCCAUACUCCCUGAGAUUGCAAGACAUGAGGUUGACCGGCUGACAAAGGAGACCCAGGAGGGAGAAUAUAUUCUAACCCUCAAUUUGAGCACCGCAGUGGACUAUGUCAACCACCUUACAUUUCUAAGGCAGAUACAGUUGCGGAUUGAAGCGCUGGAGAGAGAAGCCGAUGCAGUCCGCUCAAUGUACGAGCUGAUCGACAUUUUCAAUGUUCCUACACCUCCCGAAGAUCUUGCUGUCUAUCAAAUCCUCUUUCCGAGCAUCGAACGCACCAUCACAACCAUUGACAGAGCCCUUGCUGAACGCGACUCCCUUGUCGAUGUCUUUUUCGGGUGCUUGAAUAAGGACAUUGGGGAGCUCAUGAAUGACGUCAGGGAGGCCAAACAGGCUGUCGGGAACCCAAUACUGUUGGACAAUGGACAGAAUAGGGAUGAGCUUAUACAGGAGUUAGAUCGACUACAGGAAAUCGUCACGGAACAACAGUCACGUUAUCAGACAUAUAAGGGAUAUGAAAAGAGUUUUAAAGACCUCACAUUGCAGAUUAGCGGCACUCCACUUGAGGUUGAACAACCGCAUUACACAGAACUUGACGAACUCUUCACAGAACUGCGCUUGAAGCGUCUUCUGUGGACCUGCAUGGGCGAAUGGGAGGCAAUUUGCAAGACUUGGGAAGAGGUGGAAUUCUCCAGUCUUGACCCGGAAGAGGUGACUGCUGUCACAAUGAAGUACCUUAAAUCCGUAACCCAGCUAGAAAAAGGCCUUCCGCCCAACAGUGUGGUGCCGAUUUUGCGUCAAAAAGUUGAUGAAAUGCGAGUCAUUCUGCCAACCGUGGGAGACUUGAGAAACCCCUCGCUUCAAGACCGACAUUGGGUGAUGUUGGAGGAUAUCAUCGGCUUCAAGAUGGCUGAGCUUGAUGUUCCAUUGACUUUGGGCAAGUUGAAGUCACUAAACGCCUUCGAAAAUGCUGCAGAGAUUCAGGAUGUAGCUGGAAUGGCUAGUUCUGAAGCAAGUCUGGAAGCACUGCUACGAAAGGUAGAGAACUCCUGGAAGUCCACCGAGUUCAUUGUGGUGCCCUACAAGACCUACAAGGACGUCUACGUACUGGGUGGUACGGACGAGAUACAACAGCUGUGGGAUGACUCCAACAUCAACAUUUCCACCAUCGCAUCGUCGAAGCACGUGGGUCCGAUCAAACCCCAGGUGGAUGAGUGGGUGCAGAAACUCGCUCUGUUUGGGGAAACUUUGGACCAAUGGCUGGCCUGUCAAAAGGGCUGGAUGUACCUCGAGAGCAUCUUUUCAGCACCCGACAUUCAGCGUCAACUACCCAGCGAGGCAAAGAGUUUUAUGGCUUUAGACAAAUCGUUUAAAGAGGUGAUGCGCAAAGUACAGAAGGUACCACUUGCCAUGCGAGCGGCCACUACGGCGGGUCUGUUAGACACCUUUCGCAAUAACAACGUCCUCCUCGAGCAGAUUCAAAAGUGCCUUGAGGCCUACCUCGAGUCGAAGCGCGUCAUCUUUCCGCGAUUCUACUUCCUCUCCAAUGAUGAGCUUUUAGAGAUUCUGGCGCAGACACGGAAUCCUUUCGCGGUACAGCCACAUCUUCGCAAAUGCUUCGAUGCGAUUGCGCGGUUAGAAUUCGCUCUCAAUCCUGAAUUUGACGGCAAAUCUGAUGAACCAAAAUUCACUAAUGACAUACUUUCGAUGGUUUCCCCGGAAGGAGAAAGCGUUUCCCUAACCAAGGGUUUGAAGGCUCGCGGAAAUGUGGAGGAGUGGUUGGGUAAGGCGGAGGAGAGCAUGGUGUCGAGCUUGCGGAGGAGUAUGAAAAAGGCAUUAAUGGACGUUGAUACGAUGGCGCGUGAUGAUUGGCUCGUCGCACACACCAAUCAGAUAACACUAACGGUGGAGCAGUUGGUUUGGGCCCGCGAUAUCCACAAUAUUCUCGACGAUCUGGAGAAGCAGCCGCAAGAGCGACUGGAGGCUCUUCAGGCUUAUGAGGGUCGAUCCUUUGAGGCGUUGAACAACCUGGCGAAGUUGGUACGCGGUAAUCUGGGGAAGCUGGUGCGCAUGAUGUUUUGUUCCCUCAUCACCAUCGACGUGCAUGCGCGUGACAUUGUCACCGACCUCCUGGCGGCUGGUGUGACUACCUCCACCAGCUUCGAGUGGCAGCGCCAGUUGCGAUACUACUGGGACGACUUUAUCGACAACUGCGUGGUGCAUAUGUCCACCUCUCGCUACGUCUAUGGUUACGAGUAUUUGGGUGCGUCGCCUCGCCUCGUCAUCACACCACUCACCGAUCGAUGCUAUCUAUGCUUGAUGGGCGCUCUUCAGCUGGAUCUGGGUGGAGCUCCCGCUGGACCAGCCGGCACGGGGAAGACUGAGUCGACAAAGGACUUGGCGAAGAGCCUAGCAAAGCAAUGCGUAGUGUUCAACUGUUCUGACGGACUGGACUACAAAAUGAUGGGUCGAUUCUUUUCAGGUCUUGCUCAAUCUGGUGCGUGGUGCUGCUUCGACGAAUUCAAUCGUAUCGACAUCGAAGUGCUCUCUGUCAUUGCACAACAACUCAUUACAAUCAAAAACGCCAAAUCUGCAAAGGUGAAGCUUUUCUCCAUUUCCCAAUUUCUUCUCUGUCAAAUUGCUCUAACAAUUGCUUGUCUAUCCAAACAGGUUAGCCGUUUCUUGUUCGAGGGGCGUGAAAUAAAAUUGAAUCCCUCGUGUGCAGCUUUCAUCACAAUGAAUCCCGGAUAUGCGGGCCGUACUGAACUGCCAGACAACCUGAAAGCUCUCUUCCGGCCCAUCUCUAUGAUGGUUCCAGACUACAAGCUUAUUGCUGAGGUAAUUCUCUACUCGGAGGGCUUCGAGUCCUCAAAGAUGUUGGCGCAGAAGAUGACACAGAUGUACAAGCUCUGCAGCGAGCAGCUCUCCAAACAAGACCACUACGAUUUUGGUAUGAGAGCGCUCAAGUCGGUCCUAGUGAUGGCAGGUUCUUUGAAACGCGAGAACGCGGACAAGCCGGAGGACGCGGUACUUAUUCGCGCACUGAGGGACAGCAAUCUACCCAAAUUCCUGGCUCAGGAUGCCGUCCUUUUUACAGCCAUUCUUCAAGACCUCUUUCCAGGUGUGGAAGUACCUGAGCACGAUUACGGCCAGUUUAAGAAGGUGGUGGAGGAGGUGACGCGAGACUUCGGCCUUCAGGUGGUGCCCUCACAGACCUUCAAAGUCAUUCAAUUCUACGAAACGCUGGUUGUUCGUCAUGGCGUAAUGCUUGUCGGCCCCACAGGUGGUGGGAAGACCACUGUCUACCGAAUCCUAGCGGAGACUCUUGGUACUCUCUCUAAGAUGCCUGAGAUGGCCGAAACGAACCCAGACUUUCAGCCAGUUAAGGUGUACGUGUUGAAUCCCAAAUCUAUCACCAUGGGGGAGAUUUAUGGGGAAGUGAAUGCGAAGACGAUGGAGUGGCACGAUGGUCUGAUGGCCUUCAUUGUUCGACAGACAUGUGCUGAUCCCAGCUCCGACCACCAGUGGAUCAUUUGCGACGGCCCCGUGGAUGCUUUGUGGAUAGAAAACAUGAACACCGUACUGGACGACAACAAGAUGCUGUGUCUGGCCAACUCGGAGCGCAUCAAGCUGACACCCUACGUGCACAUGCUCUUUGAGGUGGCCGAUCUGGCCGUUGCUUCGCCUGCCACCGUCUCGCGUUGUGGCAUGGUUUACAUUGAUCCUGAGGAGCUGGGAUGGCUGCCUUAUGUCAAGACCUGGUUGGAGUCUUUGAAAGAGAAGUUGAGGGAAGCAGUUCGUCAGUACAUUUUAAUGCUCUUUGAAAAGUUUGUCGAUCCCGCCUUGAAGGUCAUCAUGAAAAUGCCCGCUGUCAUUCCUCAGGUACCGCUAGCACGGGUGAGGACGAUGUGCGGCCUCAUUGAGGUGGCCCUUACUCAAGAAGAUGCACCUGAUCUCUCCACCGGCGAGAUUCAGAAGCAGCAGCCAAUUAUUGCCAUGAUCUUUGUAUUUGCGUUGCUCUGGGGUCUUGCUGGGAAUGUCGUCGGCGGUAAGGCUAAUGAAGUCGACACUCUCAUACGCAACGUUAUGGACGAUUGCUCGGAAGCCAGACUGAGUUUGUUGAUAUGGAUGCGUUAA